UCGUCUAGCAGCUCCCAGUCCCAUUCACAACUCGCUGGCUGGCAGCCACAUCAUAUGGACGCACAUUUAUUCUUAGAACACAGCUGCUGUGAAAUUGGGUUCGAGUGGGAAAGGACAUCUGCGUGAGCUCCACCACUGCCGCACAACACUUUUUCACGACAACCAAGAAUUGAAGAUCUGUGUUACAGUAAAAUAGCACUAAAUGAAAAACACUGAGAAAAAAAAAUCAAUAGACACAUACGUGGGAAUGUAGAGCAUGUUAAAAAAAAAAACAGGCAUCUGUCUAGUGAGGCUCCAGCAGACAUUCAUUAACAGCGUUCACACAAGACGUCAACGACAGCUAUUACCUUGUAACAGAGAAAACUGAUGCCAUACUGUAUCUGCAACACAAAACUCUAAACAUAAAGUCUGCAUUCAACGGUUAUGACAAAUGGCAUUCCUGCUAACCUCGACCAUCCCGGGGUACAAACGUCAGCGAUAUAUUGGUACCUGACCCAAAGAUCUACAGAGACUUCUCACCUAAGGUAUUAUUGGUUCUGGUACCUAAAAAGUAUCUUGGUUUGAACAAGUAAAAACUGAUUGGAGAAUCUGACCAUUGUCUAUUAGCAGAAUGAUACCAGUAAUUACAAUAGUGGCGGCAUUAGUGGCCUUGACCGCGGCCGCGCAGCCAUCGCCACUAGUGACGCUUAAGCAAGGCACCAUCCUGGGAUCACGAGAAAAGACCAUCAACGGCCGAGUGUACUACUCCUUCAAGACCAUUCCCUAUGCCAGGCCACCCGUUGGAUCCCUCAGACUCAAGAAUCCCGAGCCGGCACCCGAGUGGAACGGCGUCAGGAACGGCUCACAACCCUUUCCGAUGUGUCCACAGUCUCCCAUCUUCCUUAUGAGUGAUUCUGUCGUGGGCCAAGAAGACUGUCUUUACCUCAAUGUCUAUACACCAAGGCCGUACAAGUCGAACCUGCCUGUCAUGGUGUUCAUUCACGGUGGUGCUUUCAAGAUCGGAUCAGCCAUGAAUUCUGCUACUCCAUCGCCGUUAAUGCAGAAAGACGUAGUGGUGGUCUCCAUGAACUACCGCCUGGGCGCCCUUGGCUUCCUCUCAACGGGAGACAGUGUUUUGCCAGGAAAUCUUGGUCUCAAGGACCAGACACUAGCCCUCCAGUGGGUGCAAGACAACAUUAAUGAGCUCGGCGGCGACCCCAAACAGGUCACCAUAUUUGGUAUUAGUGCAGGAGGAGUCUUAUCACACCUGCACAUCCUCUCCCCGAGCUCAGAAGGGUUGUUCCAGAGAGCCAUCCUGCAGUCAGGCACGGCACUAAUGGCAGGAAGUUACGUUCCCGCUAAGAAGGGCGCCAUCAGCAUCAGCAAGGCACUCAACUGUACCGGCGAGAAAAGCCAGCAACUCUUGGCGUGUUUCAUGAAUGCAUCUGUCGAGAACCUGGUGAAAGCCCAGAGCAGUUUGACUGAAUGGUUCGAUCUUCCUUUCACUGUGGGUGUCCAAGUGGACGGAACCUUCUUGCCUGACUACCCGGCCGUCCUACUCAAGUCUGGGCGGUACAACAAAGUAGAUGUGAUGAUCGGAUGGACUAAGGACGACGGUAACUUUAUUACAACAGGUCUGUUCAGUAAGAAAGGCGAAGAAGAGUUGUCGCAAUUAAACGAAAAUUUUCAAAAAGUGGGGCCAAUCAUAUUCUCGCUAACGGAGGAACAGGACCCCGUCUAUCUGGCUCAGCGAAUGUUGUUUCAAUAUAUAGAUGACGUCAACGUGACGCUGGACAACGAAGCUGCCUUCACCAAUCUUCUGACGGAUUUCCUUUUCGUCAAACCUGGCGUACAAUCAGCUGAUAUCCACGCUAAAACACCAGACAAGAAGACCUUCAUGUACAAACUUGAACAUUGCCUUGAGAAGUCGCUCUUUCACGUCCUAACAAACACUUCCAUCAAGAGAAAAAUGGCGGGACACGGGGACGACUUGAUGUAUCUCAGUCAGGGCUCCCCACAACCGGUUCCAGUGUAUCGCCGACAGGACCUCCACAUGCAAGAUAUUCUCGUUACUCUCUGGACCAACUUUGCAUCCACGGGGAACCCAACUAUCAAUGGCACCUUGGGUUUUAGAUGGACUCCAGUGACACCCAAGAGACCUCUCAGUUAUCUGUCUCUCACCGUCACCCCUAACAUGCAGAAAGUGGAUAGAGUGAACCAAGACUUCUGGAACUCCCUGCCUACCAAGGACACCAAGAUGCUCUACCCCGAGCGUUUCCUUGAAUACAAUGACGACUACGAGACAUCCCUGCCCUUUGAACAGAGCUGCCCUUCGGAACUCCCUGCAUUAGACACGUGCGGUAGGAAAUGAGUUAGAGAUCAGAUAAGCCCUCUUUGUAAUCUUUUGUUGCUGCUUUCUCUUAUCGUAAUUCUUCUUUGCCCUUUACAAAGCAAAAAGUAAGUAAAGACCGGCCAAUCCCAAAGCUAAUAAAAGCUUAAGUACACACGCGUUAGGAAUCUCGUUUUCUUUAAAUGAGUUUCAGCUGGGAAAAGUGAAAUGGUACUGACACUCCAGUCCACCAGAGCAUUUGUCUUCUACACCCCAUGCUUUAAUAAUACAUACCAUAGCUCAUAACGUAUAUAUACGUGUUGUCUGAAACAUUCGCAGUUGCCUUGAAAAAUGGUUUGCUGAGUAAAUAAAGUGAGUGGUCUUGGACAGUGUUUCACAUAGAGCAAUAUAAAAAGUGACAUAUCCCAGUGAUCAGUGUUGGCCCUGUUCUCCUCUUAGCAUAUGCUAAUGACACUUAUGCUAGGUUCAAUUUGGGAGUACGAAAAUUUCCACAUAAUUCGAAAACUGACAAAGAAAAAAAAAAGGCACUUAUAAAUAAACAUUACAAUCAAUGGUACGUCAAUUAGAUCGCUAAAUCAGUGAAUGACAAAGUAAAUUCAACACUGACAAGUAAAGACAAAUGCAAAACGUUAUGUAUUGAGAGCAAUAUCGGUCAUGUUUAGCAUUUAAUAAAUGAUGAACAGCUUUCUCAGUGACACAGGAAAACGAUUUCUGAAUUGUAAAAUUAGGUGACUUUUCCCCCCUUGCCAGCACUGCUCUACAAAUUUAAAAGCACUGAACCCGCUUUUAAAUUUGUUGGCUUUACUGAAUUUUGUUUCAGUAAUAAAUCAGAAACGGUUAUAUAGAAAAUCUAUAAUUUGCUGGUUCGACAUAAUCUAGAGUACCACAUUUGAUUUUCGUUGUCACAUUAGAGAAAAGAGAAAGUAUUCAUAGAUUAAAAUUAAAUAUAACAAAUUCUCCCAGUGCAAGAAACAUGGUGACCGAAUAAAAGUGUUCAAAAUAUUCAAUAUAUUAAAAACAUAAUGUCGAAAAUAAUUUUACAGUCGAUCAAGCAAAUUUUUCAAGAAAAUAUAAGUUUUAAGAUAAGAAGAUUGGAAAUAAGAUAGAAAUUUGUGGAAGAAUCUAAAUGUAGGAUUUAUGGGAUGCAUUACUGUCAGCACAUUUAUGAGCAUAUUACUAAUAGUGCUGUGAAUUAAGAUGAUGUCGUUGGAUUGUUGGAUGUCGUGUACGUAUAAAAUAAAUAAAUUUUGGGCUUAAUCUUGAAAAAUAUUUUACCAAUUCAUAAAACUGAAGUUAUUUUCACUGUCCCUAGUAUUGCAAUGUCCAAAUUUCCUGCACUUGGUGACAUGUCUAUUUCGUGAUAUAACAAAUGCUAGUGGGUGCGUUGACACCGUAAAGGUAUCUUAGCUUACUUAUGCAAUGUUUAUAAGUAGUUGAUAAACUAAACACUCUUGUGCUGAUUUUCUUCAACACGCUAGGAAGCUCAAUGAGGGAACUGAAAUGUGUAUACCUUGCUGUAUUGAGAAGAAAUAUUUUUGUUCGGUAAGUUCCGGGUAUCUGUUUCAUAUACCUGCAUUGCAGCAUGUCAGCACUUUACAAAAUUUACAGUAACAUGUAUGAAUACAUACUUUAGAGACAGUGAACUUCCAAGCCCAAAGGUCCUUGUUUAGGACUAAAACCAUUCCCAGUAGUGUAAUUAAACGAAACUAUGAAAUAAAAUGCUGUGACUAAAGAAGGUCAAUUAAUGGAACUUGUAGUUAUAUCUAUAUGUAAUAUUUACUUGAUAAAUAUUAAAUAAAUAAACAGUAUAAAA